GCCCCACCCCUUCUGAACGGGCUUACCUUUCCACCCCCUCCAUUCCACCCAGACAGCCCGACCCGCUCCUCAGCUCACCUCACGCCGUAACCUAAGCCAGGUUUUCCUCCUCCACCUCCACCUCCACCGGCAUCACCUCGGACGCGCGGCGGCGUGCAGCCAUGGCGAUGGUGGCACAGGCGGGCUUCGGCCUCACCCGCGUCGUCAUGCUCGUCGGCGCGGGCGUGGCCGGCUCCGUCGUCCUACGAAACGGCCGCCUCUCGGAGAUCCUCACCGAGAUACAGGAGUUUCUGGAGAAGGGGGAGAUGGGUAAGGGAGGAGGCGGUGGUGCGGACCACGGCAUCAACGACGCGCUCAACGAGGUGCGCCAACUUGCUAUGCAGGUACGCAAUCUAGGUUCUCCACGUUCGAUAACUGUUCUCAGUGGAGGUUCUGGACAAACAGGAGUAUCAGGACUAAUAGUACCUGCAGCAACUGUUGGAGCACUGGGUUAUGGUUAUAUGUGGUGGAAAGGCAUCUCCUUUGGGGACUUAAUGUAUGUCACCAAGCAAAACAUGGCUAAUGUUGUUUCAAGUAUGACUAAACAUCUGGAGCAAGUUCAGAGCUCUCUUGCUGCUGCUAAAAAGCAUUUGACACAACGCAUUGAGAAGUUGGAUGACAAAUUGGAUCAGCAGAAGGCGCUUUCUGGGCAAAUAAAAGAUGAUGUUACUGGCGCACGACUGAAGCUUGAGAAUAUUGGUUCAGAGAUUAAGAACAUCAAAGAAUUGGUCUGGGGACUGGAUGAGAAGAUGGAUUCAAUGGAAGCCAAACAGAAUUUUUCAUGCGCUGGUGUGAUGUACCUCUGCCAAUUCAUAGAGCAAAGUGGUGGGAAACUCCCUGAACGCCUGGAAGGCAUUAAACCAUCAGCGAAGCGAUUUGAAACAAUUGGCAUACAGGGGUUGCAACUAGCCAUAGAAACAGGGAAUUUUAGUGAUUUCAGCAAUGCUGAUUCCACUGACAAGAUAAGCAGGUCCAACUCGUUAAAGUCUGCCAACUAAUUUUCUUCGGGGUUGGCGAGACAUGUAUCCAGAUUCGUUACUUAGUGGAACAUUGUAAAGGGAGAUUCUUGCUGGAUAAAAUGUAAAGAGUCCCAGCCUUUUUGUUAUUUGCUUGCAGGAAGUGCUGUUUGUUAAAUUUGAAAACGUGUGCGAAGUAGUAGCUACUAUGGAAUCUAGACCAGAUGUUAUUCUGGCAUCACUUAUGCCUUGCAUUUUUAUGCAAUACUUGCCGUAAAUAAAUGGACGACACUUCAGUUUCCUUGAACCA